UGCAGAGAGCAGCAUAAAGGGGCUGAUCUGAAGAGAGCCCGGGUGCAGGGAGCCAGCAGACAAGGCUGCGUGUCUGCCUCUCUCACCAACCUUGCGCUGCACCAUGGGGAAAGACAAGCUGCUGGGUGGCCCGAGCAUCUUCCUCCUGCUCCUCUUCCUCCUCCCCGGAGGCACCUCACCCACCACCGAACCGCAGUACAUGGUCCUCGUGCCCUUUCUGAUCCACACUACAGUUCCUGAAAAGGUCUGUAUCCAGCUGACCCACCUGAACGAGUCUGUGACGCUGAGCGCCACGCUGGAGCAUGCAGGGGAGAACCGGAGUCUGAUCGCAGACGUGGUUACCGGGAAGGACGUCUUCAAGUGCGUCCCAUUCACCGUUCCAAAGUCCAGUAGCCCAGCAGCAGCGUUUCUUACGGUGCUGGUGAAGGGGCCGACGCUGGAGUUCAGGAGCCGGAAAUCGGUGCUGGUCAAGAACUCAGAGAGCCUGGUCUUUGUCCAGACAGACAAGCCCAUCUACAAACCGGGACAAACAGUUCUUUUUCGGAUCGUCUCUCUGGAUGAAGACUUCCGUCCCCUCAAUGAGAAGUUUCCAUUGGUCUUCAUCAAGGACCCCCAGAAGAACCGAGUGUUCCAGUGGCGAGAGGUGGAGUUAAAUGGGGGCCUCACCCAGCUCUCCUUCCUCCUCACCUCUGAGCCCAUCCAAGGCACCUACAAUGUGGUGGUACAGAAGGAGUCGGGGACAAAUCUAGAACAUUCCUUUACUGUGGAGGAAUAUGUGCUGCCCAAGUUCGAGGUGUCGGUGAGGAUGCCCAAGAAAAUCACCAUCCAGGACGAGGAGCUGAAAGUAGCUGUCUGUGGCCUAUACACCUAUGGGCCCCCUGUCCCCGGCCUCGUGAGUGUCCGUGUGUGCCGGAGGUUUUCCCAAGGCAGGUCAAGCUGCUAUGGAAGAGAGAGCGAGGCUGUGUGUGAGGAAUUCACCGGGCAGGCGGACAGUCAAGGCUGUGUCUCCAGUGUGGUGAAGACUAAAAUAUUCCAGCUCAAGCGAAAGGGUAACGAGAUGAAAAUUGAGGUGGAAGGCAAGAUCACAGAAGAGGGUACAGGGGUGGAGCUAACUGGGACAGACUCCAGUGAGAUCACAGGUACCAUGAGCAAAAUCAGCUUUGAGCAGGUGGACUCUCAUUACCGGCCGGGGAUCCCCUUCUUCGGGCAGGUGAAGCUGGUGGAUGGGACUGAUGCUCCAAUCGCCAACGAAAGAAUCCAGAUUUCCAUGGGGGGAAACAAAUAUAAAGCAAACUACGAGUUUUCUUCUUACUGGCAGGUGAUGGCCAAGGGAGGCAUCGUGAGUGCAGGCACCGAGGAGCAUCCUGUGGGGGAUGGGGAACUUGUCCAGGUAUUUGAGCUGAGGGUCCCCGUGGGGCCCGAGAUCGCCCCCCUGGCCCGGGUACUUGUAUACACCACGUUACCCAGCGGGGAAGUUGUCGCCAACUCGGAAGAUUUCAAGAUUGAAAACUGCUUUGCCAAUAAGGUCGACUUGCAUUUCUCACCAGUCGAGGGCCUCCCAGCCUCUGAUGCUCACCUACAGGUCAGAGCCUCCCCGGGCUCCCUGUGCGCCGUCCGAGCUGUGGACAAGAGCGUUCUCCUCAUGAAGCCUGAAGCCGAGCUGUCGCCCAGCUCUGUGUACGAUUUACUCCCGGUGAAGGACAUCAGGGGCUAUGAUUACAGGGGGCACCAUGUGGAGGAGGAAGACGAAAACCCUUGUGUGAGUCUCAGCAAUGUCAUUUUAAAUGGAUUCAUCUACACGCCCGUUUCUCCUGACGGGGAAGGGGAUGCCUUCCACAUUCUCAAGGAGAUGGGGUUAAAAGUCUUCACCAGCACCAAGGUCCAUAAGCCCAACCUCUGUCUGCCGCAAAGGUUCUAUGCUCCUAUGGAAUAUGCGAGGCACGCAUAUGGAAGAGGUGGCUUACAUAAUCUCAGGUUGGAUACUGGCACUCUUGGCCCAGUGGAGACCAUCCGGAAGUACUUCCCGGAGACGUGGAUUUGGGAUUUAGUUCCAGUGAAUUCAGAGGGAAGUGCUGAUUUGGCCUUGACCAUCCCCGACACCAUCACAGAGUGGAAAGCCAACACCUUCUGCACCUCGAGCGACACUGGCUUUGGCCUGUCCCCGACUGUGUCCCUCAGAGCCUUCCAGCCCUUCUUCUUGGAGCUCACCCUGCCCUACUCCGUAGUGCGCGGUGAGGCCUUCACGCUAAAGGCCACUGUCUUCAACUACCUGGGCCGCUGCAUCAGGGUCAGCAUCUCGCUGGCUCCAUCUGCCGACUUCCAGGCUACCCCUGUGGAGAACGAAGAAGAAUCUUAUUGUCUCUGUGUGAAUGGACGGAAAACAGCGUCGUGGGCUGUGACCCCAAAAUCACUGGGUAAUGUGAAUUUCUCAGUGAGUGCUGAGGCCCUGAGGACAAAUCUGCGCUGUGGGAAUGAGGUAGUGGAGGAACUGGACAAAGGGCGGAAGGACACGGUGAUCAAACAGCUCUUAGUAGAGCCUGAAGGGCUCGAGAAGGAAACAACCUACAACGUCCUGCUCUGUGCAGCUGGAAAGACAGUGCCCCAGCCACUGCCCCUGAGGCUCCCGGAGAACGUGGUGGAGGGCUCAGCCAGGGCCUAUUUCUCAGUACUGGGCGAUAUCCUGGGCACGGCUAUGCAGAACCUGCAGCAGCUCCUCCAGAUGCCCUUCGGCUGCGGGGAGCAGAACAUGGUCCUGUUUGCCCCCAACAUCUACGUCCUGGACUAUCUGAACAAGACGGGGCAGCUGAGCGAGGAGACCAAAUCCAAGGCCAUCGGCUACUUAGUCAGCGGUUAUCAGAGGCAGUUGAAUUACAAGCACAUGGAUGGCUCUUACAGCACAUUUGGGGAGUACCACAAGCAGCCGGGGAAUACCUGGCUGACGGCCUUCGUCCUCAAGUCCUUCGCGCAGGCCCGCUCCCACAUCUUCAUCGAGGAGAAGCACGUGCAGGACGCCCUGGCCUGGCUCGCUGGCAAACAGAAGGAAAACGGCUGCUUCCGCAGCUCGGGGACGCUGCUGAACAAUGCCAUCAAGGGCGGGGUGGAUGAUGAGGUUACGCUCUCGGCCUACAUCACCAUCGCGCUGCUGGAGAUGCCUCUGCCCGUCACCCACUCUGUGGUCCGCAAUGCUCUCUUCUGCCUGGAGACGGCCAUGGAGCAGGAAGGAACCCACGUGUACACCAGGGCACUGCUGGCCUACGCCUUCGCCCUGGCGGGGAAGGAGGAGAAGCGCAGGGCCCUGCUGGACUCGCUGGACAAGGAAGCAGUGAAAGAAGACGGCUCCGUUCACUGGCAGAGGCCUGGGAAGCAGCCAGAGGCCAAUCUCCCCUUCUAUCACCCCCGGGCUCCCUCUGCUGAGGUGGAGAUGACGUCCUACGUGCUCCUGGCUUACCUCACCGUGCGGCCGGAACUGUCCCGGGAUGACCUGUCGUCGGCAGCUCAAAUCACAAAGUGGAUCAGCAAGCAGCAGAAUCCCAACGGGGGCUUUUCCUCCACCCAGGACACGGUGGUGGCGCUCCAGGCCUUGUCCAAAUACGGAGCCUCAACCUACGCCCAGAGUGGAGGAGCCUCCACAGUGACCCUGCAAUCCACAGGGAACUUCCAGACCCAGUUCCGGGUGGAUCACAUGAACCGUCUUCUGCUCCAGCGUGUGGCACUGCCAGAAGUGCCAGGGGACUACAGCAUGGGGGUAACAGGAGAAGGGUGUGUCUACAUGCAGACCAGCCUCAAGUACAAUGUGCUCCCCAAGCCAGACGAGGCGCCAUUCACACUGGAAGUGCACACGGUCCCCCAGGCGUGUGACAGCCCCAGGGCCCACAAGACUUUUGACAUCUCCAUAAACAUCAGCUACACAGGGAAACGUCCCAUCUCCAACAUGGUCAUCGUCGACGUUAAGAUGCUGUCAGGAUUCAUCCCUGUGAAGCCUUCAGUGAGGGAGCUGGAAGGAGAUCACCACAUCCAGCGCACAGAACUGAGCACCAAUCAUGUGCUGCUGUACAUGGAGCAGGUGAGCAACGUGACUCAGAGCUUCUCCUUCGCAGUGGAGCAGGACUUCCCUGUGCAGAGUCUGAAGCCGGCGCUGGUGAAAGUCUACGAUUACUACGAGACGGAUGAAUUUGCCAUCGCGGAGUACGGCGCCCCCUGCAGCAAAGCGGGAGUCGAGCAGAGCAACGUGUGAGGGAUGGAGCCGUGUUCCGAGCCUCCGGCAUCCCCCCGGCUUGUGCCCUGCGCAGGCUGAGGUGGUUGGAUGGGUCGACAGAGAGGAAACAGCAGCCAGGAAAGGGAAACGAGCCUCACAAAUAAAUGAAUUUAUCAACCUGA